UGACACACUGUAGAAACUAUUUUGCCUUCUUCACUUCUGUUAUACAUUUCAUACUGUACCAUUGUGAUCCAGGGCUAUCAGGAGAGCUACCCAAUCGCAGAGGGCCAUCGUGGCUUCAUCAGUGAUGCCAGACUUCUGCAGAUGCAGAGAGCUGAAAGAGAGGCCAUGGAAGCAAAGCAAAGAAAGAUAAGUGCUAUCCAUGAGAAUUAUGUCCGGACUGCUCUCAUCGGGGUUGGCAGCACCUUCGCGCACCACUUCGUCCCCUCUAUUCAGUGCAUUCCGCGGCCGAAAGCUCCACCGAGGCCUUUGCCACGAAGGCUUGAGCACAUAGCUCUGGCCCCACUGAAGAACGUGGUGGGGGUGGACGGAGCCCAAGUUCGACCCGGAUCUCACUCUCUGGAGUCCAUCCAGGUAAAUAAGUCAUUCAGCAGCAGUAGCGUGUGGCCUGUUCCCGUCCCUCCCACUGCAGCUCCCUCCAAGAGGGGAAAGAAGAAGAAGGGCAGGCGGGGAGUCAAAGCCCUGAAAGUCCAGUCGGACCAGGGCUGUGCUGACAACAACGGACCCAUUGACCUGAUGGAGGAGGUGAGGGACAUCGAGGCUCACCUGAAGGAGGAGGACUGGAAGGUGGUACAUGAGGUGAAGGCCAUGGGCAGGAGAAGUUUGGGCUCGGCCAUGUCCACGGGGGAAAUAGCAACCAGCUCUCUGGGAAGCCUGAGCUCAGUGGAUAUGAACACCCCCUGCGGAGCUCCGUGACUACUUGGAUGUCGGGACCCCGGUCAAGUCGCUUGACAGCCCACCCAGGCCUGCUCCCCCUCCUACCAAGCCCAGGAGCAAACAGCCUUGGCCUAUAAGGUUCCUUAGCCUGCCAAAGGCUGCCACCGGCUCAGACAAGAUGGCAGCCAGUGAGCCAAAGGGUCAAAUUAAGAACCAGGCCAGAUUGCAGCCUCUGUCCAACCCAGAGCAGGCCCUGACUAAGACCUUCAAGCUGCUCCACUCUGCCUCUGAUGACUGGGAGAAGAAGAUCGAGGGCUUGACCUUUCUCCGUGUGAUGGCUCAGAACCACAUGGACAUACUGAUGCCUAAACUCCAUGAUAUCUGUCUUGCCAUUAUAAAUGAGGUGAAGAACCUGCGCUCUGCAGUGUCCUGUGCUGCCAUGGCCACACUGGGUGACAUGUACGUCCACCUCCAGAGGGCCAUGGACAGUGAGGUGGAGGUGACGGCACGCGUGCUGCUGCACAAAGCCAGCGAGGCCAACGCCUUCAUCCGGCAGGGCGCCAACUCUGCCCUGGGUCACAUGGUGCAGAGCUGCACCCCUACACGUGUCAUGAAUGCCCUGCUGGUCGGUGGGCUGAGCCACCGUAACGCGAGGAGCUGCACUGCUCAGCACCUGGAGAGACUGGCUGAGGUCAUGGGGACGGCUCGUCUCCUGUCGGGGAAGAAAGACCUCACUGACCGUUUCUUGAUUGCCGUCAGUAAACUGGCUGUGGACCCUUCACAGGAAGUCAGGCAUCAUGGUCGCAAUAUCUUGAGCAACAUGGCCACCAAUGGCGACUUUCCUAAAAUGUGGGACAAAUUCGCUCCGAGGAAAGAGAGAGAAUCCUUGAGGGAGGUCAUCUCAAAGGUUAACCUCAAAGAAAGGCGCAGCAGCACACUGCCCUCCAAAGCCUGCAAAAUAAUCGCUCGACUGCCCCUUUCCUAGCUCUGCAUGGAACAUCCAGUGUCACAUCCUUGGUGACGUGUGGGGUGACAUCCGGGAUGACCACAGCAACAUCCUCUGGAAAGGGAAAAAAGAGGAUCAGGAUGUAAACAAAUGCAAACCGUAGCUUCUUAACACUGGCCAGUUGAAAGGUUCUGCUAAGAUGUCAUGACAAACGGCACCUGUCAGAGUGCUCUCUAAGUGUUACUCACCUGCUUGGAUGUCAGCUGGCAGAGUGUCGAAGACGGACAUCGUGAGAGUCCUUUCUUCAGGUGUGACAUGCUCAAUCGAUCCUAUUUAUUUGUACUGAAAUGUGAUCUUUUUUUUUCUCUGCUGCUACUCGUGUUUUACAGAAACACGUUUGAGUGGGUUUUCUACAGUCUGGCGCAUGUUGACACAAGAUGGAGAAUGCAUAUGCUGCAAACCAGCACAACUAUCACGCAUCAACUAUAGACGAGUUUCACUCACUACUGCAGUUUGGAGUUAGGUUGAUGUUAGAGGCUACUGGAGGAAGUUAUGGGGCAUACUUGAACUCUUUAAGGGAACAUGAACCUUUCUACUCCUGCAAAUUAUGACUAAUAACCCUAAUCAAAUUCUACGAGAUGGGUUUUUGAAUGCAGUACUGUAUUUUCAUUGAAAUGGCAGAUUUGUAUGAUUUCACACAAAAAAAUUGUAUGUAAUGCUUCCCACAAAAAAAUUAUUUUACUAUUUUGUUUCAAAUGGUCCCUCUGGCAUGCAUAUUUCUGUAUGACUUAACACAUGUUUGAAUCCCACUUCCUUGAUAUUUUUAAGUUAAUUUUAGUCCUCCUCCUUGCAUGUUUUGUUCCAUACCUGUGCCUUGGAGAAAACAACUAUAGCCCUCCAAGUCUAAUACGCUAUACACAACAGCAGCCUACAGUGUUAACUUAUUGAGAAUGUAUAUCAUUGUAUUUAACAUUCAAACCUCUUUUGAACUCUUCAGAUCUUAACCGGAUCAAACUGGAAUGUUAAUAUAUUACCCUAAGUCAAACUGGUUUUGGUGUCUUAGACACAAAAGGUUGUUUUCUCCUCAUAGUAAAAACACUGUUUCAUGGUUUGGAUUAAAAACACUGGGUAUUUGUUA